AUGACGACUCAUAACUCGGCGAUAUUCAGCAAGAUGCAGAUGAAUCCCGAAUCGCUCGCCAAGUCAAACCACAAACUAAAAACCGCCACAGCUGUAGCUCACUGCAAAAAAGGAAAGGGUCUAUUAAAAGUAAAUGGAUCCCCUAUUGAACUAGUAGAACCCGAUAUUUUACGAUACAAGGUCUACGAACCCAUCUUGAUUGUUGGCAAGGAUAAAUUCGCCAAUGUCGAUAUUCGUGUCCGAGUCAAAGGUGGGGGGCCCGUGUCUCAAGUAUAUGCAAUGCGUCAAGCAAUUGCCAAAGCUAUCGUUGCCUACUACCAAAAAUUCGUAGAUGAAGCAUCAAAGACUGAAUUGAAGAAGCAAUUGAUUGCUUACGACCGAACAUUGUUGGUCGCUGAUCCCAGACGAUGUGAACCAAAGAAAUUCGGUGGUAAUGGUGCUCGUGCAAGAUACCAAAAGUCCUACCGAUAA